AUGACAAAGUUGACAAAGUCACCCCCGCCGGCCUAUCCAGGCAAAUCGAAUGCUCCAGGCUCGCUCGCGACCGCUGUGCCAUAUGAGAGUCUGCGACAACAAGCGCAGCCACCCGUGCCAGUCACAACAGCUGUGCUACCCAGUUCAUACAACGAUCCGUUACCUGACACGAACCCGUUCUCCCCAAAUUUCAGACCCGACCCAAUCUCCAACAGUGCAGAAGCCACUCCUCUCUCCCCAGUUUCGCCCGUCGCUGCAACGCAGCCUCUUACACGAUCAUCAGAAGCGCCAGUCCAGGCACCCACACCGCAGAGACCUGCCGAGCUGAGACAGUCGGUCAAUCUGCGACUACAUGAUGGCAAGUCACAUGCAAGUGCACACCGGGUCCCAGAGAAGGAGAAACCAAAGACGGUCAAGGUAGCGAAGGAUAUGCAUGAUGGUGCACUCCCACCAGUAUACAAACGUCAAGCGACAGAUCCAAUCGUUUCUUCCCAAGGCACGACGUCUACCGCAGGUGCGCGCGAAUGUGGCAAUUGUGGAAAGAAAUCCGGGACUCAAGGCACUGGGCACGGUUGUCACCAUUGCGGGAGGCGCACGACCACAGGACAAGCAUCCACUGCUUCCCCCACGGCCCCUGCUCCAGUGCAUACUCCGUCAGCACACGCUAGGGCGGUCUCUGAAUCGCAGGCUUCGCACAGCUCAUCCCGUAUGUCGGAGCUCAGCACAGCAGGUCCCUCAAGCUCACCCAGCUCAUCGACCCAUACGAGAUGUUGCACAAAGUGUGGACGAUAUAAGCGACCGAGCCUGGAAGCCAGCCCCUUCGACCAGGGCCGCCCGAAUGGAAGCGGCCCGGCAAGAGCCCCAGUGCCAAUGUCAGCCCAUCCAGCGAUGAGACCCAGCCUCGUCAUCCAGCCAAAUGCGCCUGCCAACAACGCGGUUUACCCGAAGAUCGACGUGAUCCCACCCUCAGCAGCCACGUACAGAACGGUCAAUUCGCCAUUCACACCGUACGGGGACGACUUGCCACUUGUUGGCCAAGCCAAGAGAGCAGAAUUUCGACUCUUCCGCAACUCAUCGCUCGUACGUUCGUUAUCCCGCCGGUUGAGCAGGAAGGACAAGAAUGUGGCCGCUCCAGCACCCCUCCCAAGCCAACAACUUGCACGACAAAGUGGCGAACAGUCUGCUGGUAAUCUCAUCAACAUGAUCAGCAACGCAAUGCAAGGACCUGUGCCCGAGCGGGAGGGCCAGUACUCCAAACUUGACGGGGACCGCCCGGAGACCCCUUUCUCUUUCGUUGGUGGGAAAGAUGAGGCAGAUGGCUUCGAAAUGGUUAAUAUCCGCGGCGAUCGUGCUUCAGUCUCAAGCCACGACAGCUGGUCCAAAGAACCCAUCGCGCCACAAAUCAGUGUCACGCACUCGGACAGCGACAUGUACGCUGGAAUCCCCCAGGACCAUAUCGACGUCGCUCCCAGGCCCAGAUCUACGGGUCCUCAGCGCUUGACAGUCGAUGAUGUAAGCCGGCCCCCGAUCACUCGAUUCAAGAGCUUGAGACAGGGUGUUCAACGGAUGGGCAGUGGUGUCAGCCGAUCUACCAGCUUGAAGAGACUUGGAAGCUUGAAGACGGUCCACCAUGCAUGGUACGUAGAAGGGACGGAUGGGAAUAACGAGAACAUGAUUCCUGCGUUCUAA